CCGUAUUGGCUGUGUUUUGUGACAGGAAGAUGAAGAAGAAAGAGGAAUGUGUAUACUCUCUCAUCAGUCGUUGUGAGAAAGGGUUAGAGUCGGUAUGGACAUCGGUCUAAGGUUACGCUUUCUCUUGCUCGUCUAUCUUCUCCACUCGCAUCCUUGUUGCACCAGAGGCGACGAUGCCUUCCAAGUCGUCUACCAGAGGAUGCACUCUUCGGCGCUCGCCAGAGCCAGCCACCAGGAUCUGCGAAAAAUCGUGGCCCUCCUCCAGCCGGACGGUUCCUUUUCGGAUUUGGAGUACGAAGGACCUGGGUCGCAGUCCUUCGUCACCCACGGGCGUCGGCAGUCUGCUCUUCUCUACCAUCACUGGAAGGGGCAGAACCUGACGAAGGAGGCUGACCUCUGCUUCAGAUACAUCACCUACGACGCUCCCCCGAUCGACGAACCCAACUGGUGGGACCACAUCAUCGGUGUGCCCCUUCAGAUGUGGCAAGGGGCGGUGCUGGCUCAAGGCGUUCUCGACCAACAGCUACUCCUGGACUUCUUAGAUAGGUUCUGGGCGAACACGCUGCACGGCCCCGUCUGGAAUCCCGAGGACCUGGGUGGCAGUAAUGCAGGAGGGAACUUCGGUCCGCGAGCCUUACUGGGGGAGGUGGAAGGGCUCCUCCGAGGGACUUGGCAGCGUGUCCAUGGCGAAGUUGCUUCGCAGUUGUACGAAGAGUUGGCCCUGAGGAAUUCCUACGAGGGAAAUGGAGUCAGACCCGACGGUUGCAUCCACCAGCACAAUCCAUUGGGUAAUCACUCCACAGUAGAUCACAUGUACCUGAAUCACACUCUGGGGAAUCCUUACUCCGGGGAGUACGGCAAAGAGAUGAUGUGGACGUUAGGUCUCAUGAUGUCGUGGUACAGCAGCACGGACUUGGAUUAUGAGGACGCCGCCGUUGAAGGAAUCUACUCGAGUUACUUACAGUGCCACCAGUGGGUCUUCAGGGGCGGCGUGAUCGAACCAACUCUAGUUGGAAGGAAAAUCCCAACAGGCACAGUGAUCACCUAUUACAGCGUCAGGGCCCUGAUAGCCGACACAGGUAAUAGUCUGCUGAAGAUGGGCCGUUACCGAGAACAAGUGGAAGCCAUCCUACACAGAUACGAAAACAUUGUUCCAGCGCCAGAAUAUGCUUUGGUUGGGCAUCGACAUUUUUUCAACUCUGACUUGUCCGCCCAUCAGCGCCGUGACUAUUAUGCUAGCGUGAGGAUUCUCUCCAAUCGAACUGUGAGACCUGAGAGUUGGUCAUCUGGUGAAAACAUUGAUGGAUACUUUCAAGCAGAUGGCUUCAUGACAAUCCUCGUCGAUGGUGGAGAGUAUUGAAAGUUGAGGAAUGAGGUCUUCCAGGUGUAUGACUGGGCAAGAGUGCCUUCCGUUACCAACCAGUACACCACAGAAAUUCCAGCCUACCACCUAAACAGUUGGUUCUCAAGGUACUUCUACAAUGACGCCAAAUUCAGUGGUGGCGUCACAGAUGGCCUGGUCGGUCUAGCGAGCAUGGUGUACAACCGACCACACGUUCCUCUUCGCGCACUGAAGUCUUGGUUCUUCUUCGACGACGUCAUUGUAGUUGUGGGGUCAGGUAUCACUCUGGAUCCAGCUCAUGUCACUCACAAAUAUGUUGGAACCACUUUAACUCAGGUACUUUACUUCUGCCCUGAACAUUUGAGUCAUGUGUUUGAAUUAGUAAAAAGUUUAACAGACGAUUUGCAUGAAUUAUUUGUCUUUCCAAGUAGACGUGAUUAUGCUAACCUUUGCUCUACCAGUCAGUUACUGUAUUACUGGCAUACCAGUAUUAUGGAAACAGUCCAGAUUUAUAUCAGUUGCAUUUACAGGGCUUGGAUAACCCACAAAGCUGAUCCCAUUAAUGCUACGCUGGCUUAUGCCGUACUCCCAGCAACAAACCUUGAAAUCACAAGACAGUUCUUCAGUCAUCCUUCUGUGGAAGUUGUCACCCAAGACGAAAACAAGCACGUGGUUUGCCAUCACCCUUCAGUGGCUAUCGGCGCAUCUCUGGUAAGUGCUGGGAAAGUGAUCGUGGACUCCUGUGGCGGUGUAGGGCCCCUGGAGAUUGAGGUUGAUACCCCUUGCCUUGUGUUAGCAACUGUGGAGAAAACUACUGCCGGAGAAGCCACGAUAUUCCUCUCUGUCUCUGAUCCUCAGCAGAUCUAUGAUGUCUUGAAAAUUUCCAUCACUUUUGAAGGCUCCGUGAUGGAAAAGGGGAUUGACCUUCCACUCGAUCCCGUGAGGGGAUCCAGCACAACUGUAAUGAUUCGACUGUAGAACGACCAGGAACUGAAGCUCGGUAUUUUCCACUUGUGCUGGCACUGGUUGAUUUUGAUCUGAUACCAAGACCAGAGCAAUAAAUUCUUUUCAGCAGCUAA